GUCAAUAAAAUUAUAAUUGCAAAACACAAUAAUUCAUUUCCUCUCACUCAACCACAAUUUACAUACAUAGUAUCUCAUAAUGAAAGUUAGCAACAACACAAAAAGCUUAUGGCCAUGUUGUAUUAGGUAAGAAGUAUAACUUAAGUCAUCCUCAUGCAAAAAAUUGACAAACAUGGUCCUAUCUCUAACAACUCCCAUCCAUCCCCUUCUUGCUUGCAACAAUAUAAAGCAAACAAACCCAUUAUUCCAACAUCACAACCACCUUAAUUAGUCCUUCCUCUAUAGUUUGUUUGUUCUGUUUUUCUUCUUUCCCUUCACUCACUACCUCAUCAAAUGGCAUUCUCUAAUAUUGCUAUGGUUUUGUGCUUCUUUUUAGUAGCAAUCAACAUGGCACUUCCAACUCUUGCAACUGUCCACACUGUUGGAGAUACUACAGGUUGGGCAAUUGCAGUUGAUUAUACCACAUGGGCUAGUGACAAAACCUUUGCAGUUGGUGAUACCCUUGUUUUCAACUAUGGAGCUGGGCACACAGUGGAUGAAGUGAAAGAAAGUGACUACAAAUCAUGCACAACUGGAAAUUCAAUUAGUACAGACAGCACUGGUGCCACAACCAUUCCUCUCAAGAAAGCAGGCAAACAUUACUUCAUAUGUGCUGUUCCUGGACAUUGCAUAGGUGGCAUGAAACUUGCUGUUAAGGUUAAGGCCUCUUCUGCUGCUUCUGCUGCUUCUGCUGCCCCUUCUGCAACACCAGGGAAACCUUCACCUUCCGACGGCACCCCGGCCGCAACUGCAACCCCCACCACACCCUCCACUACCACUACUACAACCCCUACUACUCAUCAAAAUGAAUCUUCAGCUACUAGUCUCUCACCAAUUGUUGCUAUGUUUUUUACUGUUUCAUGGAUGAUCUUUAGUUAUAUUUUGGGAUGAGUUUCCCUGAGAUAUAUAGCCAGGACAGAGGCAGUGCUUCCAUGGUUUUAAAUUUUUUUUUUUCUUCAUAUUAUUAUCUCUUUAAUAUGAAUUCUUGUUUGAUCUAUUCAGAUUUAUUAAGGUUCUUGUAAUAUUGUUAUUAACUAGUAAUCUAGGAAAUCUUGCGGUGUUUUUCUGUUAUUUUUUGCUUAAUCUAUAUAAUGAUUUUUAUUGGUUACUGA